AGCGAGAGCGAGAGCGAGAGAGAGCGAGAGCGAGCGAGAGAGAGAGCGAGAGAGAGAGCAAAAGAGCGAGAGAGAGCAAAAGAGCGAGAGAGAGAGCAAAAGGCGAAAGAGAGAGCGAAAGAGCGAGAGAGCGAAAGAGAGAGCGAGCGAGAGAGCGAGCGAGAGAAAGAGCGGGAGAACGAGCGAGAGAAAGAGAGCGAAAGAGAGAGCGAAAGAGAGAGCGAAAGAGAGAGCGAAAGAGAGAGCGAAAGAGAGAGCGAAAGAGAGAGCGAAAGAGCGAAAGAGCGAGAGAGCGAGAGCGAAAGAGCGGGAGAAAGAAAGAGCGAGAGAAAGAAAGAGCGAGAGAAAGAAAGAGCGAGA